GUGGGAGAAGGGAGGGACCAGAGGAGAGAGCGAGAGAAGGCUCGCGAUCCAGUUCGCCGACUAAGCAGAAGAAAGAUCAAAAAACGGAAAAGAAGGGACGAGCGAACAGGCGCCUUCAAGAACAAUCCCCUCGUCUCCAAGCGGACAGCGCUCUAGGAAUCCAAAUUCAGUGCCCACCGAAGACAAAGGCGCCCCGAGGGAGUGGCGGCGCGACCCCAGGGCCCCGCCGCGGAGCCCGCAAGGCCCGGCUGCCCGGACGGUCGCGGACCAUGUCUCCCGCGCCACGACCCGCCCGCGGUCUGCUGCUCCCCCUGCUCACGCUCGCCACCGCGCUCGCCUCCCUCAGCUCGGCCCAGAGCAGCUUCAGCCCCGAAGCCUGGCUGCAGCAGUAUGGCUACCUGCCCCCUGGGGACCUGCGUACCCACACACAGCGCUCACCCCAGUCACUCUCAGCUGCCAUCGCUGCCAUGCAGAGGUUCUACGGUCUGCAAGUAACGGGCAAAGCUGAUGCAGACACCAUGAAGGCCAUGAGGCGCCCCCGCUGUGGUGUUCCAGACAAGUUUGGGGCUGAGAUCAAGGCCAAUGUUCGAAGGAAGCGCUAUGCCAUCCAGGGCCUCAAAUGGCAGCAUAACGAGAUCACUUUCUGCAUCCAGAAUUACACCCCCAAGGUGGGUGAGUAUGCCACAUUCGAGGCCAUCCGCAAAGCAUUCCGCGUGUGGGAGAGUGCCACACCACUGCGUUUCCGAGAGGUACCCUAUGCCUACAUCCGCGAGGGCCAUGAGAAACAGGCUGACAUCAUGAUCUUCUUCGCUGAGGGCUUCCAUGGUGACAGCACGCCCUUUGAUGGCGAGGGUGGCUUCCUUGCGCACGCCUACUUCCCAGGCCCCAACAUUGGAGGCGACACCCACUUUGACUCUGCCGAGCCCUGGACUGUCCGGAAUGAGGAUCUGAAUGGGAAUGACAUCUUUCUUGUGGCUGUGCAUGAGCUGGGCCAUGCCCUGGGCCUCGAGCAUUCCAAUGAUCCCUCAGCCAUCAUGGCGCCCUUUUACCAGUGGAUGGACACAGAGAACUUCGUGCUGCCCGAUGAUGACCGCCGGGGCAUCCAGCAACUUUACGGGAGUGAGUCAGGGUCCCCCACCAAGAUGCCCCCUCAACCCAGGACUACCUCCAGGCCCUCUGUCCCUGAUAAGCCCAAAAACCCCACCUAUGGGCCCAACAUCUGUGACGGGAACUUUGACACCGUGGCCGUGCUCCGAGGGGAGAUGUUUGUCUUCAAGGAGCGCUGGUUCUGGCGGGUGAGGAAUAACCAAGUGAUGGAUGGAUACCCGAUGCCCAUCGGCCAGUUCUGGCGGGGCCUGCCUGCAUCCAUCAACACUGCCUAUGAGAGGAAGGAUGGCAAGUUUGUCUUCUUCAAAGGGGAUAAGCACUGGGUGUUCGAUGAAGCUUCCCUGGAACCUGGCUACCCCAAGCACAUCAAGGAGCUGGGCCGAGGACUGCCUACUGACAAGAUUGAUGCUGCUCUUUUCUGGAUGCCCAAUGGAAAGACUUACUUCUUCCGGGGAAACAAGUAUUACCGUUUCAACGAGGAGCUCAGGGCAGUGGACAGCGAGUACCCUAAAAACAUCAAGGUCUGGGAAGGAAUCCCUGAGUCUCCCAGAGGGUCAUUCAUGGGCAGUGAUGAAGUCUUCACUUACUUCUACAAGGGGAACAAAUACUGGAAAUUCAACAACCAGAAGCUGAAGGUAGAGCCGGGCUACCCCAAGUCAGCCCUGCGGGACUGGAUGGGCUGCCCAUCAGGGGGCCGGCCGGAUGAGGGGACUGAGGAGGAGACGGAGGUGAUCAUCAUCGAGGUGGAUGAGGAGGGCAGCGGGGCAGUGAGCGCGGCUGCCGUGGUGCUACCUGUGCUGCUGCUGCUCCUGGUGCUGGCGGUGGGCCUCGCGGUCUUCUUCUUCAGACGUCAUGGGACCCCCAAGCGACUGCUCUAUUGCCAGCGUUCCCUGCUGGACAAGGUCUGACCCCCACCGCUGCCCGCCCACUCCUACCACGAGGACUUUGCCUCUGAAGGCCAGUGGCAGCAGGUGGUGGUGGGUGGGCUGCUCCCACCCGUCCCGAGCUCCCUCUCCCCCACCCCUGCCUUCCUUCUUCUCUGUCCCGUGACUGGCCUCUCCCACCCUCAACCCUACCAUUGCUUCAUCCCUAGAUGGGUCCCCUGGGGGCUGAGCAGGGGCCGCCCCUUCCAGCCCCUGCCCCUUAGGGGCCCCUGUAGCUUGGUGUAUGUCCUGCCCCAUCUGAAUGUCUUGGCUCUGCACUUGAAGGCAGGACCCUCAGACCUCGCUGGUAAAGGUCAAAUGGGGUCAUCUGCUCCUUUUCCAUUCCGUGACAUACCUUUAACCUCUGAACUCUGACCUCAGGAGGCUCUGGGCACUCCAGCCCCACAAGCCCCCAGGUGUACCCAAUUGGCAGCCUCCCACCACUCUUUCUGGCUAAAAGGAGUUUAAUUUUGUUGUGGGGGGAGACCCUGAGAGAGUGUGAGGGGGUGGGGGCUGUAUAGCCACCCAAGACCUUGGGAGGAAAGCUCAGAGAGGGUCAGUCCUCUCCACAAAGAUCUGCCUCUGCCCCGCCUGCCCCCGAGAACUUCCAGGGAAGGAGCCUGAGCCAUUAAGGACUAAACUGGGGUUGGAGAAACCCUUGACAGCCCCACCAUCCCAAAUGUUAGCCUUGGAUGGGGAUGUCGAGGUUGGAAUAGCUGAGGCCAGGGGUGCAGCUAGUGCGGUGUGGUGGGACCAAAGACAGAGAAUCGGUCCGAAACCCUGGGGGUAAGCUUGAAGGCCACAAAGAACUUGCCCAAAUGCAGGCAGCUGGGGCAGGGACCCAGGGGCAGAGCAGUCGGAGGGGACAGGACAGGACCAAAAGGUUAACAAGGGAGGUGCAGUAGGAGUGGAUGGCUGGGGGCCGGGCAGGCAGGCCAGCAGGGACGAUACAGGGUGGGCUGUGGUACCCGGGGCCGGGGGAUGGGGCACUUUUAUUGGAGCUCUCAGGAAGGGCCCGAGAAAGGCACACCUGCUCCUCUUUGGUGCCCUUCCUCCGACUAGGCAGCAUGGAAGGGAAGGGUGGGGAGCUCAGAGAAAAGAGCGGAGAUGGCACACAUCCAGGGACUGGUGACUCGGGCCCUUCAUGAGAGUGGCCAGCUAGUUAGGGAGCCAAGGAGGCUCCCAGCGGCCAGCAGCACUCAGUCAGCCUGCCUCAGCCAGCCUCAGUGAGGGGGCCAGCUGGCUGGGUGUCUCUUGGUCAGGUUAGCCCCUCAUUUCCUGAUGCCCCCACCCCUCAGCCCAUCCUACCGGUGUCCUGCCCCCUUGCCUUACCCAGCCCACCCAUUUUGAAGUCUCCUUCGGCCGCUGAAGGUGGUCAUGGUACUGGGGACUUGGGAGAGUGAGAUACCCUGUAGGGGGAGUGAGAGGAGAAGGAUGUCAGGGGUGGGGGGGGCAAGGGGGGUGGGAGAAAAUGGGGUGAACGGUGCUGGCAGUUCGGCUAAAUUUGUCUUGUUUGGGUUUUUUUGUUUUGUUUAAUGUAUAUUUUUAUUAUAAUUAUUAUAUAUGAA